ACCGCACUUCUAUCCCAACCGACGCCGCACCGCGUUUUCCGCCCAGAACCACCGACAAGAUGCCUGCCGCACAGCCAGAACUCAAGAAAUACCUCGACAAGCGCGUCCUCGUUCAGCUCAACGGCAGCCGCAAGGUCAUGGGCCUGCUCCGCGGGUACGACGUAUACCUGAACAUUGUGCUCGAUGAGGCGCUGGAGGAGAAGCCGAGCGGGGAGAAAGUCCGGAUCGGCAUGGUUGUGAUUCGAGGGAACUCUGUCGUUAUGCUUGAGGCAUUGGAUCGUAUUCACCAUGAGGAACCGAGACCUGGAAGAUAGAGAUCCCAUGGCCAAUGGACGACUCCUUAUUCAGAUGAGGUAAACGAACAUCGAGCUUGGUGUAUGGCGGCACGGCGUUUGAGGGAAAUUCAUUCUGGGUAAUUGCCCCUCCGGCUUCCAUUCUACAAUAGAUGGUCUGCGCGAGGAUACAGGCAUGGGGCCGAUAUGGUGUGCACCGAAUGUUGACAUGACUAUGUCUUAUAGGGUCGAAGUAUGACAUGAUACCACACGGCGACCAUUGCGAAUGCAGCAUUGAGACGGGUAUAGGUUCUAUAAAAAUCACCGCGGAACAGCAAAGGAUAAAUCUACACUAUAAUCUCGCCUUC